AGACGUUGGUGAGCAGGUAAUGCAGGAAAUAAAGAGAAGUAGUGGUCGGAAGCCGAGGGAAGAAUCACGUGCACGGCGCUGUGGCAACUGCGGAGAGACUGGUCAUAAUACGCGCACCUGUAAUAUUAUAGAGGAAGUAUCUGAGGAAGAAAUUUCUGAAUAGUGUUUUUUAAUUAGAGGCGUCGUGGUAGAGUUCUCACAAUUUCAAUCGCGAGUGUAGAAAAUUUUGGCCGGUUCGCUUGUUUGGCCGGUUCGCUAUACAUGCACGUUAUCUUUAUAUUAUAUUAUGCGUUCUUAUAUAUACUCCUAUACCCGGCUUACUAAAAAGUCUAUAUCUACUAGUAC